UGGCCGAUAUCUGCUAAAAAAAACUUUAGUGUUGAUAUGUGCAAGUACUUGGGCGUUGUACAACACGCGUAUUCAGAGAAAAUUUUGGAAGAGAAGAAGCAAGUUGUUAUUCGAUUCGUUUAUUUGAAAUAAAAAGAAAGUGCAAAAUUAAUUUGAAAUCGAACGCGGAGCGUAUAAAAUGCACUUGUAUGAAUGCAAGCGUGAUUUUAGGCUGCUUUACGGCUAAAGUGAAAAUUCCAAGCCAGAGAGAGCAAGAGAGAGCGAGAGAGAGAGAGAAAGAGGCCUCACAAAAACAUAAUAAGGAAAGUGUGGAAAAUACGACGACGACAACAACAACGAGAGAAAAACCGCUUGGACAGUGAAGAAAGAAAAGUGAACUGCAAGUGCAGCGGAGACUGGGCGUCGGACAGCCAGUGACAUCCGUCAUUUGUUGCUGCCAUCGACGUCGCCGUCGCCGCCACUGUUGCAACAGCAACAACAACAACAUUUAUUUCAUCGAAAGAAUUUUGUUAAACUCUCCGACUCGGUAAAGUGCGGUGUCAUCUCGUCAUCUGCAACAUGGAUGCCGAAACACAGGAAAUACGACAGGCUCGUCAACGUGCUUCCGUCAAAUGGCUGCUCUCGAAGGCGUUCAACAAUCGGGUGCCAGACAAUUUGAAGGAGCCCUUUUAUCGCGAUCACGAGAACCAGGAACGCCUCAAGCCGCAGAUCGUUGUUGAGUUGGGCAAUGCGACGCUUUAUUGCCAGACAUUGUCUAACCUGUACUCCGAUCCCAACUACCAAAGCUUAAAUCACUGGUCAAUAUUACAGACGCUAGCUCGCAAGGGUGUCCCUGUGGCCGAGUCCUCGGACAUGCCUAUUACCGAAACGGUAUUAAUUCAGACAAAUCCUUUGCGAAUUAACGCCCACAUGUCUGUGAUAGAAUCGCUGAUGAUUCUGUAUGCGAAGGAAAUAUCAUCGGGUGACCGCAUCACGUCUGCCUUACGGAGAAUAUCUGGUAGCAGCUAUCAGGCGCCUCCUGUCCAAUCGUAUGAGCAAGCGUUACUCGCUUGGAUAUCGCAUGCGUGCGCCGCGCUGAAGAAGCGAAUCGUCAAGGAGCUGGAGUCAAGCGUGGCGGAUGAAAUCGGCACGCGUCUUCAGACGCCAGAUAUACCGCCAGUACGUGAUUUUCAGGAUCUGUGUGAUGGAAUCUGCCUGGCGCUGCUCAUUUCCUAUUAUUGCCCCAAGGUGGUACCGUGGACGAGUGUACGGAUUAAUUACUUGCCCGCCGUAGAGGACUCGAUUCACAAUAUACUGCUGGUGAGCAGUUUUUCACAAAAGCAUUUGCCAUACGGUGUCUUCCACAUGACGCCCGAGGACAUUACAUAUAUGCGGGGUUCGAUGAAACUGAAUCUAGUCUUGCUGCUGACGGAUUUGUUUAAUCUAUUUGAGAUACACCCGGCCAAAUGUGUAUGUUAUCCAGGCAUGGAUGGACAGGAUGUCAUCGCCAGGCGCACCAUGGGCGCCAAUGAGCACGGAAUCUGCCAUCGACGGGGCCUCACAAUGCAACCCGUUACGCCCAUACCCGAUUUACGCAGCGAUCUUGACCAGCCGCCUGUUGGCUCGCCAUCGAAUCGGCCACCGUUUCAAGUUCCACACACAAAUUCAUUUAGCGGCGGCUUAAAUCGCAGAUCAACUCCGCCCACCGAAUAUCAAACGAUGCAAUCAAAUCAUUUUGAUGGCAAUCAAGCUGAAGCGUUCGUCGUGCACAAGUCCCGUGGCAUUACCACACUCUCAUCCAUGCACUCGCAGCAGCAGCAACAACAGCAUCAGCAACAGUUUCAGCUACAGCACCAACAUCAGCAGCAGCAGCAACAACAACAACAGUCCCAGCAGGAGCCCUUGGUUCCAGCUCGCUUGCGACAGGCUAAAGAAAAGAACAAUGUCGAGUCGAAGGCAGACGAGAGAGGCGAUUUUGUCGCUGCGGGUCGACCAAGUAACUGGGAACAGAGCCGACGUCCGAGCUUUGCAGGUCGCCGCUCACGACGCAAUUCCUCUAGCGAAGACUCACAGUUGACAAUUGAGAACUUUGGAGGCUCACAGGAUCAGCUGAAUACGCUGGGUCGCUUCGAGCGUGAACGGGACAGAGACCGGGAACGUAAGCUGUCGAACACCAGUGUGGAACCGGCUGUGGCAGUGCGCUCGUCGGUUGCCGAUGCUCGUGGCACGCUUCAGCUGGGUUACGAUACGGAUUCGGGGUCCGAAAAGCAGGAUCGCGAAACGGAGAAGUAUUCAAUGCGUAGACAAGCAAGUGUCGACAAUGUGCCCACGGUCUCGUCCCACAAUCUGUCGAAUACGGGCAGUCCGUUGCCGAUGGCGCGUAAUAAACAACAUUCCUCCGACAAGGAUUACACGAAUGCCGAGCACUAUAACGACGCCAGAUCGACUGGAUACGAUCCGGAAAGCACGCCCGUGCGUAAAUCCUCAACCAGCAGCAUGCCUGCAAGUCCAGCGGCCUGGCAACUGGAGAUCUGUGACGACGACUUGCGCUCCCUAGAGAAUGCGAAUAAGUUAUCCACGAUGCGCAUGAAACUAGAGGAGAGGCGCCGUCGUAUCGAGCAGGACAAGCGUAAAAUCGAAAUGGCGGUGCUACGGCACCAGGAGAAGGAGGACUUGGAAUCUUGUCCAGACGUCUUGAAGUGGGAGACUAUGAGCAAUGAUUCAAAGCGUACACCGGAUAUAGAUCCCGCUGAUAUGGACAAGUACCAGCAAAGCAUUGCCAUUAUGAACAUGAAUCUGCAGGAUAUCCAACAGGAUAUCCACAGACUGGCCACACAGCAAAGUCAAAUGCAGGCGCAGCAUCUGCAAGCGCAGCAGCUGAUGCAGGCACAGCAAAUAGCAAACAUGCUGAACCAGCAACAAACUUACGGCUCGCAGCAGCAUUUGGCUGAUCACCAUUACCAGCAAAGGCCCAUGCAGCAAAGCUUCGGCUCAUCACCACAUCUUCCACAGGCCUUCAAUGCGCCCGUCAGCGCCUACAGCUCCCGUCCACCUAGCCGCGAUCCCUACCAGCAACAGCAACAUCAGCAGCAGCAGCAUCAUCCACACCAGCAGCCCAUGCAAAUGCCCCCGAUGCAGUACGUCAACGAGCAUGGACAGUACAUGUCGCCGCCAGCUCAUUACAUGCAACCCCAAAGCCUCUACAGCGACAAUGGCGCGCCCUACAACAACCAUUCCCCCUACGGAGGGCCCCCGCCGCCACAAUACCAGCAGCGGAACAGCGUCUACGAUGACUACGGUCAGCCGACGAAUCAUUUCUACCUGCACGAGUCUCCGCCUCAACCGCAUGCGCAUCCACAUCGUCGCACCUGGGCACACUCGGCGGCAGCUGCCGCCUAUGAGCAACAGCAACAGCAGCAACAACAACAGCAGCAGCAGCAGCAACCCUUGUUGGAUGUGAAUGCCUGGCAAACUCAGAAGAAGAUGCAACAGCAACAGCAGCAGCAACAACAACACCAACAGCAGCAGCAGCAGCAGAAUUGGCCGAAUCGGCCGCCCUCUAGCGCUGGCGCAUCUCAGGGCUUUGUGCUGCAUCAGAACGGGGGAGGGGGCGGCGGUGGGGAGUUGCAGCAUUUGUUUCAGAUGCAAUCAUCGCCGCAACAUGUUCAGCGUAUGCAUGGCGGCGCUAACAAUGCCAAUGCGAAUGCCAAUGGCGUGCAACGCCAGCAAUCGUUAACGAAUCUUCGCGACAAUCGAUCACCCAAGGGCAACAUGGGCCAGCCAAUGACGAUGGGACAGCACGAGGACAUGAUGGCGCCUCAAAGUAUUUGCUUUAUUGGCGACGAGGAGGACGUCGAAGAGCUGGAGCGCAACAUCAUAGAAUCGAUGCAGUCAACUCGCAUCUCCGAUUUUGUGGUGCAGCAACAGCAACGCCUUCAUCAUCAACAGCAACAACAACAACAGCACCUGCCGUCGGCGCACAGCGGACGCGGUAGCAGCUCUGAGGAUUAUGACAGUGGCGAGCUGAUUUCCAAUAAGCUAAACAUCACCAGUGGCAAUCUCACUUACCGCAUACCGUCGCCUUCGCGCCCCUCCAUACAGGCCAACAGUUUUCAGGAUCCGCGGGGAAAUGGUGGCGGUGGUGGUGGUAGUGGCAGUGGUGGCAGUGGUGGUGGAGGGAGUGGCAGCGGGGAGGAGCAGAGACCCGAAAAGGGCUUUUACAUAUCCUUCGACAACGAUCAACCAAAGCGACCAAAGCCGCCGCUGCGCGUUAAGCGGUCGCCCAAGAAGGAGCCCAGCAGAGAUAGUGUGGACAACCAAGUUGUCCUUAAACGUGAAUCGCUAAGUCAACUGCACAACAUUAAUAACUCUGUGAGCGAUGAGAUCAAAAAUGCUUCCGUUGCCAGACACAGCAUCCAUGGUCUUGCCGGGGUCACAUCCAAUGCCAAUGCCAAUGCUAAUGUCAAUUCCGGCAACGCAACAUACAACAAGUACACAGACGAGCCGCCCAUCCAGCUGCGCCAGAUGUCCACUUCAACGGCCGAGUCCUUGGGCUUGGAGCGUCGCCAUCUGGAGGACCUCACCAAUCAGCCGCUGCAACAACCACUUUCACCCACACGGCUUAGGUCCGAGCAAAGCAUCAGCAGUGCCGAAGCGGCCAAGAACAAAGCGCUAGUUGUCGGCGUGGAUGCGACCAACCUUGAUCCGGAAUCUGUGGACGAAAUGGAGCGUCGCAAAGAGAAAAUAAUGUUGCUGUCCCUGCAGCGUCGUCAGCAACAAGAGGAGGCAAAGGCGCGCAAGGAGAUUGAGGCAUCGCAGAAACGAGAAAAAGAGCGGGAAAAGGAAGAGGAGCGUGCGCGCAAAAAGGAAGAGCAAAUGGCGCGACGAGCAGCCAUAUUGGAACAACAUAGACUAAAAAAAGCCAUCGAGGAGGCUGAGCGUGAAGGUAAGACCCUGGACCGGCCCGAUCUACAUGUUAAACUACAGCCCCAGAGCUCGAGCGCAUCUACGCCACGUCUAAGACAGCAGCGGGUGACUCGGCCACGCCCCAAAACCAUCCACGUUGAUGACGCCAGUGUGGACAUCAGUGAGGCUUCAAGCCUAUCCAGUCGGGGAAAGAAAGGCUCCAGUUCAAACCUAACUGGCUACGGUCAGCUAAGCUCAAAUUCAAUGAAAAGAGAUUUUUACAGGGGAUCCCAAGACUCCCUCACUGUUAAAGAGUCCCCCGACGAUUAUCCCAGCACAAGUUCAACUCCGAUUGGACGACGGGGAUCUUACAAAACUUCCAGAGAGCCAACCGUCGAAAGGGGCCGCACCCUGUCGCGAAUAUCAGUUGCUAAGGGGAGCACACUUAAUUUCCGUGGCCGAAAGUCCAAUUCGCUAAUGAAUUUGUGCGACACAGAUUCGGGAUUGGGACGGGCCACUCCGCCGCGGCGAGCACCGUCACCAGGAAUGGCGGCAUCAGGUAGGCAUAUGCCAUCUCCCUCUGGACCAGGCUCAUUGCCGCCAGGUUUGAUAUCGAAACGUCGCGGAUUUGAUGAUGGAUCAAGCGAUAUCAUGGAAUACUCGGGUCCAAAACUUUAUAAACAACCAGCGGCCAAGUCAAAUCGCGGCAUUAUACUGAAUGCCGUUGAGUACUGCGUUUUUCCAGGCGCCGUCAAUCGCGAGGCCAAGCAGAAGGUGCUCGAGAAGAUUGCACGAUCGGAGGCGAAACACUUCCUUGUACUCUUCCGUGAUGCCGGCUGCCAAUUUCGUGCCCUCUACAGCUACGUACCCGAAACGGACCAAGUGACGAAGCUGUACGGCACGGGACCUAGUCAAGUCGACGAAGUCAUGUUCGAUAAGUUCUUUAAAUACAACUCAGGUGGCAAAUGCUUCUCUCAGGUGCACACGAAGCAUCUGACAGUCACGAUAGACGCCUUCACAAUACACAAUUCUCUGUGGCAGGGCAAGCGGGUGCAGUUACCCAGCAAGAAAGACAUGGCGCUUGUGAUCUAAAUCGAUCGAUUGCUAACUAAACUGCAACCUUAAACAACAACUGAAACUGAAAGUGAACUGCGAAAGCAAAGACAAUUAAACGUUUUAUUGUGGCACCGAGUCAUUGGCAGUGCGCUUGAGUUUUGGGCUUGGGCUCUGGGAACAGGGUCCGGCAUUAUAUGACUUAAUAACUAAUUGCACACGUUUGCGCAGCAGCAGCAAAACAUUGGAAUUUACAUAAAAUAUUGUAUUCAAUUGAUAAGCUAUGCGAUAAAAUAUUUAUUUGAAAUAUUCCGCAUACACAAAACGAGAACAAACAAUAAUUCUAUAGGAAUAAAACUCCUCCCCACACAAAAGCCAAAAUAAUAUCCAAUGGAUAACUUGAUAACUUUGUCAAAUACACCUACACAAAAACACACACAAUUCAAAGAGGAAAGGAACAACAUAAACAAUGUAGAAAAUCUUUAUCUUAUUAAUUUGUUUUAAAUUGUUAUGAAAUUUUUUUAUGCGAAUAUUGUUGCUCUUCUUUCUUUGUAUCAGGCAUCAGGCGAAGCGAUGUGAAAGGGCAACAGUUUCGCCAGUCGACACUAAUUUUAAUGCCACUAGCUAUUUAUUUUAACACUAAUUAAUAGUUACUUUUAUGCAAGUUUAAAAGAGAAUAAUACAACUAAUAUAAAAAGGAUACAUACACACAUACAUAUACCUAUAAAAAAAUGAAAAAAAGACUUAACUGACUGAAAUCGAGGAGAGCAAAAGCUUUUUCUUUGAUUUGUACAAACUCAGUAGGAACGCGAUUCGUGGUUGACAUAAAUUCAUACAUGAACAUUGAUAACAAAGUCAGAUGCUAUGAUCAAGACGUAGUCGGACUCUAAAAUUCGUUAAUCUAUAACUAUUUUCUGAACUUCUCUUAAGUAAUUUUCCAAUAUGUAUGUUGUUUAUUAUUUUAAAAAUUUUUUUUAUUGGAUUUGGGUUCGAAUUGGGCACUUGGGUAUAGAUACUACUUUAACAUGUACUUGCGUCUAACUGCCAUCGAUAUAAUCAUUGAAAUUGUUGCCUUUAUUUUCUGUUUUUAAAAACUGUACACUCUUUUAAAUCCGCUCAACAUCUCUUCUUUAUAUUACAAUUAUAUUAAAAAGCAAUUCUCCUCUUUUUUAUUGAUUUGCUAAUUUUGAAAAUUUACUGUCUGUUUCUUAUAAUGAUAUUAAUCUUGGAAAUGACUUUUUAACAUAUGUUUUCUCGGUAUCUAUAUGUUAUUGUAAUAUUGUGAGAGAGCUAAGUAACAUAGUAAGUGACAAGCUAAUAAACUAUCAACUGUGUACGGACAUUAUCAAGAAAUUAUGUGCGAAUUUGGCAUUAUCUAAAUGGAAAUAGUACAAGGGAGAGUUGAUUGAAUAACAAUGUAUGUAUGUACCAUAUAUAUAAAAGUAUAUGUAUGUGUCGGCCUAGCUACGCCCUUGGCGUCAUAGGCUCCAACAUAAAUGAAUAACAUUAAUGCGAUCUAAACAUUAUAUAAAAUGUAAUAAAGUUAUUAAAAAUUAUAAUUUAACAAA